UUGGUGAAAUGCUGCAAUCUGCGUAAACUGAUAUGUGCUUCAUCAGUCCUUGCCCUUAUGCAAAGAGAAUUCUUUACUCUCCAUGACCAUCCAUUCUUUCUACACAAUAAUCUAUAUUCUAAUGUGCAAGCACAAGAAACAUGUAUUAUUCUGGUCAUUCAUAAUGCGCCAAACCGGAUGGAACUGGAUGACAUAUCAUUGCAUCACAAAUAUGGGUCCGCUGGAAGGUCGGUACUGUUGAGAGGUGGAUGCAGAGCAUGUAUUUCUGUUCUUGUGAGCCUCAGCUGUCAUUCUUCAUCCGUCAAGCCAGAUGGAACUGGACACAGCUUGAUCUGUUGAAGCUUUCGGUGUCAUGAAGAAGAUGAAGUGCACAGGUCUUUUUUGCAUACUGAAUGAUGGUGGUGGGGGAUUGUGCAGUGAAAGAGCUUCAUGAACCAUCAUCUGGACAAGGAUUAAAUUGCAUGCCUGUCCCUCUGCCAGCUAAUAGUUACUCUGUACACCUGGAGUCACUACUUGCUGAUGGCAUUAGAUACCAUAAUACAUUGCUGUUAAUUGCAAACAUGCAGGCUACUGCCUGUUGCCAGCUGCUACUGGCCUAUGAAAUCGCAGCCCACUGUCAGUGACUAGUCUGCUAUGGAUAAUGUGCAAGAUCACUAGACACCAAGAGCAAAUAAGCAUGUGCAACUUACUGUUGAAUGAUAAACUUGGUGCUACAGGCCUGCAGUGCUCAAGAAUCUUUAGAGCAAGAACAGAUUGAGAAUUCCAUCUCUUUGGAAAGCUGGAAUAAUGACCAUAUUUGCACAGAUGUCGAGUAUCUCAUAAAGUAAUGGCUUUCAAUUUAAGCCUGAGUCUUGAUACUUGCUUAAUCUGGAACAAAUCUUGGCACUCGGUCUAAUCAUGUCUAUAUGGGAAUGCACAUACUCUUCCAUGCUAUUUGAUAUAAGUUUGCCCAAUAUUACACACCAAUUUGACCUGAUCCGUUCUGUCAGUGGGGCCCCAACUUGCACAUGUAAUAGGCCACAUUUCGGUGGUUGGAAUUUUUCUGAAUCAUUCCCUACCUGGUGUGAUUAGUGACUGAUGUUUGCUGACUUUGAACAGAAUGUAGCAUAUGGCUGUCGAAAGUGUGCUUAUCUACCUUGGUGAAAGAAUUUACUUCAGUGAGUCAGGCCAAGCCAGUUGCAACCAAAAGUCCAUUCUUCUGUCUCCUGGACCAUUCAAUCAUGAGACUAGUGUCUUUUUAUAAAACCAUGCCAUGCAUUUGAGGAUCUGAGCUACUGUCUGGCUUUCUCUUCUGGUUUCAUAUUGGUUCUAGAGAGAUGGCUCUAAAGGUACACAGUUAGUUCAUGCUGAUACACCAUUUGUCCGUGUAUAGUGUAUGCUGUAAAGUACAGGUCUUUGCAGUUUCUGUCUCUCUUAAACAAGUGUUCAAUUGGCUGAAUCGGAAGAAGCAUUCUAAUGUCGAGUAUUGCACCAUCAAUGAGAACAAGGCCAUGGAAGAGAAGGAAGACUCUCUGCGUGCAAGUGUGACUGAGCAAGACACUGAGGCCCUGCUGCUCCGUGAUGUGCUUAUUAAUGGUAUACUUGCAAUUGGCACGCUGGGCCACAAUGUAAACUCACUCUGUCCUGAGUCCUGUAUUGAACAAGAUGAGCCCAUCAUCAUGUGUGAUGAGAAAGUGGAACAAGAGAAGUGCGAAGAAGAAAAGGCUGAGGCUAAACAGGACACACCAGUUACAGCACCAAGUGAACCGGCAUCUGCUCUUGAGCCUGCCAAGAUGCACUCAUCAUCGAUGAAAGAAGACAACUUCAUGUGCUUUGUGAAGGAGGAAAUCCUAAUGCAUGGCAUGGAAGUGGAAGAUGUUCCUAACAUCCAGGAACGACCACUUCUGAUGUUAGAGAAGGUGGAGAAAGUGAGAACUACACUUGCCGAUCUAUUUGCUGCAGAAGCAUUCUCAUCAAGUGAUGCAGAGGAUAAGUGUUACCCGAAAAUCGUCAUUGUUGCUGGGGCAUCCACUUCAAAGCCUACGUCGUGCAUGGAGAAGAUGCAUCACAAGAAGCCAACAAAACCAACGUCAAAGCCGCUGAAGGCUACAAGAAAAUUAAGUCGAGUCAUGAGGAAGAUGUUGGGGAAGAAGAUCCACCCAGAGCAGCUCAAUGGACGUAGCAAUGCAGAGGGCCCUGUCACUGCAUAAUGCUAGGUUUGUGGACAAAAGUUUCCUUUCUCUAUCUGGCAAUUUAUUACCUAGAGUUUUUUUAAAGCUGUCUGUUGAACUAUACAGGGCUCAAGGCCCUUGUGUUUUGCAUACGAUUUUGUACCUUUCCAAAUUUUCUUGAUUUUUACUUGGAUUCCAUUGUUUGUAAUAAAAUUAGGUUAAUAUCUGAGGUAGUAUUUGCAUAGAAUGGAUACCUUCUACCAAAGUUAUAUUUGUUUGUGGGUCCUAGAGCUAGCAUGACCCACGAAUCACAUUCAAGAAUAUAGUAAUUCGUUUAGGCUACAUUUCACUAGGAAUAGAACAUAUGAAUAUUCUCAGGUUUAAUAAGGCAGAUGCAAAAAAGAACUGAAUAGCACAGGAAAGUAAUUUUUCCAUUUCAAGCUUCUCACAGUCAAAAACAAGUAAUGGUUCAAAAAUUGAAUAUUCUAUCACCUGUUGCCUCCAUUUAUGUGGAACUCACAAGAGGGUCUAAGUGCUGCUUGACACUCUGACCUGUAUUUAAAUAAAAUGUUAUCACCUAUUGCCUCUGCUUAUUAUUGGGAUCUCAAAACACAAUCUAUUACUGUGUAUGCCUUGGCAUUUUUUAAAAUCUGAGCUGCCCCCUUAUUCUUCACAUUUUCUCAGAAAACCAUAUAAACUUUUAGAUAAAUGAAGCUUUUAUUGAUCUCAGACAAUUACAUCAAGUUGAUAGAACCAAACUAAGAACACUUCUGGCCUCUGAUAAUGGAACUGCUGUUUGUUUAAGUAGAAAGAAUGGUGUGUGUAUUUUAACGGUUGGUGAUUGGGAAUUGGGAUGCAGUGACCAUGGAGACUGUGUUCUUCAGAAUAUUUUUAAGAAAUAGUGUUUUCGGUGGAUCCUAUCAUGGAACUGCCUAUGGUGGAAAGAGCAAUACGAGUUGAAACAUAUAGGGAUUAGGAAGCAUGGGUUCGGACUAAAAUGCAUUCGUUCCUGCCAUGAUGCAAAGCUUCAUUCGAAGCAAAAUGAGCACAUGCCAUGGUACAGUGGCGUGCAACGAGCACUGCAAUUGCACACGACGUGCAUGUUCUGAAAAAGGCCAGUGGACACUAGACAUGCAGCUAAUCCUCUUUUGAUGAAUUCUAUCAUGAAACCAAUGGAUUCGUUGAAAAUCUGAACAAAUUGAUGGAUUUGGUCCCAGCUGUAGAAAGGUUGGCAAACUCUUCUCGCUCCUGUAUUAUUGUAGGCUGGAGCUAUGAUGGACCAAAUCAUCAGAAGCAAAUUUCACCAUAUAUAAGCAUCUACUUUUAUCUUUUUCUCUAUUUUAAAAUGUGAUCAUAGUGAAGUUAUAUACAUUCUAUCUGCUUAACGCUCCACAUUAUCCAAAAAAAUGCAUCACACUCCAUAUUGGGAACACGUUGGUGGUUCUGAACCAAAGUCGAUCUCUUGAUGCCAAUUUUUUUUUUGAGCUGGUUGAGUAGUCGAACUGGGAACAAUUACUGCUUGAGGCUACAAAAUUUCUGGCCGACAAUACGUCUUGAUCAGGAACUGACUAAAGAAAUUCCCUUUCACCUUUUGCGGGAUUUGUUGGAUCCAUCCUCACGCUUCGGAUUCCUUGCUCAAGAGAAACAUCCAUGCAUAUCGUCGACAGCGUUCGUUCAGUCCUCUUCCUUUUGUUGUUGGUGCUGUUGUUAUUAUUGUUAUUGUUAUUGCUGCCUAUUCGCUCGCCAGUGAUGAAGAAUAGUCCUGCCUAUAUUUGCCUGUAGUACAUUGUAAAGCUACAGUUGACGUGUCUUGUAAGACCCUUAUUAUUAUUGUCCAUACCACGACGUCU